AACGUCAGUAUCUGGUGAAACGUUAAAACGAGCGGAUCGGUGCGCGUCUUAAGCAGUUAAAGGCGAGAGAGAGAGAUAGAAAUAGUGAGUGAUAGAUUGCGAGCGCGAGAGUUUUAGGAAAAUGGGUUGGUGGGGCAAAAAGAAAUCCACGGAUGAGGCACGAAGCAGCAGCGAUCUGCCACCGGCGGCGCUGCUGGAUCCACGCACCAAGAUCCACACAACCAGCGCUGCAACGGAAACCACGAACACAGCUGUGCAGAAUUCAACCAUAUUCGACAGCAACAAGAACACCGUAACCUACAUGCAUACUCGUCAAACGGUGACGCAUACGCAGCAGGCUCGUGUGACGGAAGUGAUAACGCGUCGCACACCAAACCAGAACGAGUUGGACGAGCUGUUUGCACAAAUGAGCAUGAAUGGUGGCACUGCUACCAAGACGACAACGACCACAAGCAGCAAGCGAUCGACACCAUCGAGCCUCUAUGGCGUCGCACUGCGAUCGACGCCGUCGUUCAAGGCCACCGCGGAGGCGCGACGUUCCAGCACGCUGGUGAGAAUGGAGCAGACGACAAUGUCACAGAAGCAGGGUCGCAGUGUCACCCAGCAUGUGGAGACACAACGUGUGGCGCUUAAGCCGACCAAGCCAACCUGGCCACCGGCAACCACUACAACCACAAAGUCCAGCUCGUCCACGGCGCUUGCCCUGAAGCCGCUUGAUCGUAGCUAUGUGUCGCCAUAUGCCAACAAAUCGGGAAGUCUGAUCAGCAGCGUGUCCAGCAACUCCUUUGCGCCCAAGCCAGCGAUCUCUACAACAACAACCACGAGCAUUAGGCCGAUACUUUCCACACCGAAAAGCACUGUUGCCACUAGUAUCUGGUCAACGACCCCGAAACCAAAGACCACAGCAACAGCGAGCAUAAAACCAACUCUACCCACAACCAACAAUGUGGUGCCUUCAAGGCCCUACAUUAGCCUGAAUCCCAGCACAGGUGCAGUGCCCAAGAAAUACAGCAGUUCGGUUAGCUCUAAGGAUGCUCAAGGCGAGUUCAAACCCUCAACGCCAAUCAUUCAAUCAAGUGUGCCGAAGAAGAAGCUAAAGGCCGCAGAGGUUGUCAUCUUCAAUCACGAGAAAUUCGACAAUCAGAACGAGUUUCGCGAAGGCAGCGCGGAGGAUGUUAAAGUUCUGGAAAAAACAUUCAAGGCUCUCAAAUGCAGCGUGAAAAUCAUUACCAACGCCACAUUGGACGAGGUCAAAAGUAAUAUUCGCAAGCUGGAGCAGAAGAACUUCUCUGAACGUUCUGCAUUGGUACUCGUGUUGCUGAGUCAUGGUCAGCGCAAUGACACCUUGGCCGCCAGAGAUGGUGAUUAUAGAAUUGAUGAUGAUGUCAUCUUUCCUAUUGUACGCAAUCGUACGCUGCAGAACAAGCCGAAGAUCCUGUUUGUGCAGGCCUGCAAAGGUUCUAGAGAGAUUGGAACAUUCAAGACCGAUUCCGCACAGCCACAUGGUAGUCCAAGCGAGAUUCUCAAAUGCUACAGCACCUAUGAGGGAUAUGUCUCCUAUCGGUACGAUGAUGGCACACCCUUCAUAAAGAUUCUCUGCGAAACACUCAGCAACAAGCCAAAGGUUGACAUUGCCACCAUCAUGGAGGAAGUGCGCUUGUUGGUUAAAACAUAUACCAAGGAUGCACAGAUACCAACUGUGACCACAUCAUUGACCACAAAAUACGUAUUUGGAGAUUAUACUACAUAAACUGCCUAGUAUUAGAGAUGCCUUUGCCUUGUGAUUGAUAACUUAAGACAUAGCUGUUCAUUAGAUUCAAUAAGCGAAAGAGACUGCAAUCAAAUUAUAUACA